UACUGAGAGGAUCUUUCACAGGCACUUUGGUUUUUUUUUUCCUCCAGUGUUGGGAAAUGUCACAGUGGAGCCCCACUUCUUGUAACAUGACUAGUGGGAUAGCAAUUGGAUUGUGCCUUUGAGCCUGAAAUGCACCAGAAAACACCAGCAGAAAUACCCUUUAUAAGCCAGAAAAAAGGAAUCCAGACAUAAACAUGAUUGGACAACUUGAGAAAAUAAAGUUCUGGCUUUGCUGCUUUCUGGUUUGCAGACUUAUUGGAACUAGUGCAUCCUGGGAACACAGAAACAUUUCUGGAGAUUUCAAGCUUUCACAGACAGUCCUCCAGAAUCUUGAUGGAGUUUUUGAAUAUGUAAAUCUUUCCCUGGAUUUCAGGCAUGCAGUGAAAUACUGCAGACAACAAUUUAGCCUGUUGCCCAAUGACACCUCACAGGAUGAUCUGGAAUCGACAAAGAAUUUGCUUCUGGCCCUGGGGGUCAGUGAUCCAGUAUGGUUAAGGGACUCGAGUGCUCAUGGAUGGGGGCACCCAUGGGUCACUGGAGGGCAGAACAGCCCUCUCCUGCUACCCAUUUUGAUGUUCCAAGAGAUAACACACACCAAGUAUGCCAAGGUUGAGCUCCAGUUUCCUGCAUUGUCUGAGAUCACUGUCUGUGCAUGGGUGCAAUGGGACACCAAAACCCAGGGAGUUUCCACCAUCUUCUCCUAUGCAGAACCUCACUUCAUCAAUGCGUUUCAACUGCGAGGGCAAACGGACGAACAUGGCAACAUAAACAUGGCUUUAAUUGUGCAUGGACAUCACACGCACUACAAAACACUGCUCAGAAAUGAUGGGGAGUGGCAUCACCUCUGUGUCACCUGGGAAAAAGCUAAGGGGACCUGGGCAAUCUACAUUGACAGGGAAAGGGGAAGCUCUGGCAGUAGUCUCUAUGCAAGCAACGAUAUUAAUGGUGGUGGCAUGUUUAUCAUUGGACAAGACCAAGACACUCUGGGAGGAACUUUUAAUGAGGCUUUCUGUGGUAACAUCACAGCGUUAAAUAUCUGGAACCAGACACUGAGUGAAGAGCAAGUGGCAGGGGUCAGUCCCUGCUCAAUGAUCACGCAGAACCAGCUGUUCCAUUGGGAUUUAACCAAGAUUACUGUUGAAGCAACAGUUGAGCAGUCUUUGAUGAAGUUUAUGUGCCCAGAUCUUAAAUUUCUACCCAAUAAAGAAUGCAGGUCCUUUCAGAUCGCCCCAGGAACGCAGCAGCAAACACAUGGCUACAGCCCCUGCACAAGACCUCUAGCAUUCGUGUGCAAACACAAAAAAGAUACAUAUUUGAAGUUAAAGGAAAUAGAAGAAUCUCAUGAAGAAAGUAACACUCAGUUCAUCGACUAUUUGAUCAAACUUACCAACAGUUCCACGAUUGAAGCAAGCUUUUCUGCUAAGUACUUAGUAAACGUGAGUGUCUCUGAAGUGCACCAGAUCCUGCAGUGCACACACCAAGCCCUCAGAGAAGGGGAUGGGGAGCUAGAGCCGUCUGACCUGCUGGCACUAGUGCAGUUUCUGAUGCACGUGGCUGACAUGGAUGUUAAAGCCAACGAGAGCACGGUAACCAUUGAGGAACUCAGCAGGAACUUCAUUGCAAUAGCAGGUGCAAUGUUUGAAAAGGACCAUGUCAGCAAGUGGGCAGCUAUUAGGGAGCUUGUAAAUGGACCGAUGACGGUGGUCCAGAGCAUUGACAGGAUGGCUGCCAAUCUUAACCUGCUGCUGACGGCUGGAAGCAGUGAGAUGGUGAUAGACAGCAGUAACAUCAAACUCAAAGUGAAACAGCGGUUCCUCAGCCAUAAUUCCUCUGAUGCUGACUUCUAUGGGCUGCAAUCUGGGAAUGAGAGCACUGGCGAUUACAUUUCAGUUCCUCCUGAACAAAUCAAAGAACUUCAACGACAUGGUUUUAAAAAAGUUACCUUUGUCAACACGUGGUAUGGCUCCUUGCAUCCCUAUUUCGAAAGUGCAAACAAUAUCACUCAGUUUUCUGCAAUUUCAGAUGGAAGCCGCAAGUAUGUGGGUACAGUGCUGGGUUCUUCUGUUAUCUCUACCACUAUACUAAGCGAUGCUCAACAAAUUAACAUGGCUGUAAACUACCAGCUUCAGCACAGAGUGGAGUAUACUCCUGGAAUAGAAUUCGAGCCUGUUUGUGUAUUCUGGGAUUUCAACCUCAGGAUGGAGAAGGGAGGGAGCUGGUCCACGGCAGGGUGUAACGUAACUGCCCUGGGUUAUAAAUCAACAUCCUGCUUCUGCAACCACACCACCAACUUUGCCCUGCUGUUAGAAGUUUACGAAGUGCACCGAAGCCCAGCGGAGGAAUCUACUCUGAGGAUGCUCACUUUCAUUGGCUGUGGGGUGUCCCUCUGUGCCCUGGCCAUGACCUUCAUUCUGUUCAUUGCUGUGGGCGUUCCUGACUCAGACCGAACUACAGUCCACAAGAAUCUCAUCUUUGCAUUGGCAGCUGCAGAAACCCUGAUUCUCUUCAGUGAACUGGCCAGCAGCAACAAGGCGCUGUGCAUGGCUGUCACAGCUCUUCUUCAUCUCUUCUUCAUGGCUUCCUUCACCUGGAUGCUGGUGGAAGGUCUUCUGCUCUGGAGCAAAGUGGUUUCUGUGAAUAUCAGCGAAGACAGGAGGAUGAAGUUAUACUAUGUCAUUGGCUGGGGAUUGCCAGUCAUUAUUGUUGGCAUUACCUUGGCAACUUCCUUCAACAAGUACAUGGCAGAUAAUCAUUGCUGGCUGAAUGUGCAGACAGAUAUCAUCUGGGCUUUUGUUGGGCCUGUACUCUUUGUCCUGUCUGUCAAUGCCUUUGUGCUGUUUCGCGUGGUGACGGUGACGGUUGCUAGCGCACGGAGGCGCUCCAAGAUGCUGACGCCAAGCAGCACCCCGCAGCUCAAAGCCUUGGACCUGACAUGGGCAGCCGUUAAACCAGUCCUCGUCCUCCUGCCACUGCUGGGUCUCACCUGGUUGUGUGGGGUCUUGGUUCAUCUCAGUGUUGUUCUGGCUUACAUAUUCAUUGCAAUGAAUGCAUUUCAGGGUCUUUACAUAUUCCUGGUUUACGCCGUGUACAACAGCGAGGUGAGAAGUGCUAUAAGAAGAACAAAGGAAAAGAAAAAGGCUCUUUCUUUUACAAACUGCUCCCAGCCAAUAAGUUUCCUGACAACUCAAAAAACUACAGGUUCCUGGGAUCAUGGGAAAUGUAGUCUUUCUACCCCUGAAAGCAGUGUGUCUUCACCGAAACAAAGUGGCUCCACAAAAAAAUCCCUGGUCUUAAAAAAUGGGGGAUUCAGAAAAGAAAGCUCUGUGACCAUUUCAUUGAAUCAGGGCAUUCAACUGACAGCCUUCAAACCAUCAGGCUGCUGAGGCUUGCAGAAUCAUGUAGAAGACAAACCACUGCGAAAGAACCUCCUUGAGCUCCUGGACGCAGUGCAGUGCAGCCUGGAACGAAGCGCAUGCACACGCCUGCUUUAUCAUACCGUGUGUCACUGCUUCUCUUUCCAUUAUGAGUGUCUGCUUUGUUUUCAGUAUCAGUACAAUGCCUUAAAAAGUUAAAUUCCACAGCACGAAAUAACAGUAGCGCUGCUCCCUUGCUUUUGGUUUUGAGUAGAAACAGCUUCAGCAGUGGAUUGACUAUUUGGGAACACAAUUUGUUACAGGGCACAUGUUAUAAAAAUAAAUACCAAAGCGAUAAUUCGCUGACGAGAAAACGAUGCCGUGCUGUAUUGAAAAGCAAGUCCUUUCCAGUGACGUGUUAAGUUUGUUUUCCUCCCCCUUGCCUUUGUGAUGUAUGCAUUCCUGCGGUGUUCCUGUUGCAGUACCUUUUUAACUCUUUGAUGGAAUCUGUGCUCGGGGGGUAAGUUCAGAAGCAUCUCCUCUUUUCCAGUCACAAUGUACAGCACAGACCACAUCAGUGUCUUCAUAGUAAGAAGAGCCAAUGCCAUCUAGCAUUGCCAGAAAUAUGAAAGAAAACCCAUUCGUUUCACUAGAUGGACAGAUGAUGUUAUAUCUAGUGCAUAUCUCUUACGCAGUAGGAAGCACUCAGCAUGAUUGCAAACAUCGUAAAAGGUACAUUUGAAAAAAUUUCUGAUCUUGUGAAGUUUGGGCCAACGCUGCUCAAAAUGUGCAAAAUUAUGUCUUUUAUUGUAAGUCACCUUACCCACCACAUAUGAACUUAUUAAGAACACAAGAGCAAAGAUUGUACAGAAAAACUAGUAGUGAUCAUAAUAACGCUAGAAUUGUGCUGCAUCUUCUAAGCACAGGAUGAUAUCUGCAUGUGCUGGGCUUGUGGUCCAUUACAGUGAAUGGUUCAUUUCAUAUGUGUGAAUAACAAUACUGAAUCUUUGAGAGGGGUUAGAAGAUGUACAGUAAUUACCAAUGUAUUGUGUAUUGUAUAAUGAAAGUAAUUAACGUGUGUUAUCCAAAUGAUUACUCUGUGAUGACUGUAUUGAACCACGCAUGCCUUAAAUGAACCAUGUUCCACUAUCCUGAGGGCUGCAGAGUUUUCUUGUAUUUUCUUGUAUUGUACAAUAUACUUUUAGUAACUGUUUUAGUAUCAGUUAAAUGUGCUUAAAUUAAUGGCACAUGAAUAAGAGGGUUUGCAGUAUAUUCUCUAAGUGACAAAUAAAAUGCAAUUAAAUAGCAUCUUGAAACAAUGCAACUUAUGAUAUUAAAAAAAAAAAUACUAAAUCUGGAAUUUAGAAUAUAUUAAACAUUUAGACAGACUUAGAAUUUAAAUAAACACCAUCUUACAGCAGUUAAUAUAUUUUUGUGAUCACAAAAGACUUGCCCUGGGUGAGUCGUGCAGCCGCGUGGUGCGCAUGGUGAGUCGCGCAGCCGCGUGGUGCGCAGGGUGAGUCGUGCAGCGUAGGUUCACGUCCUGGCUGAGCAGAGUAGGCUGGUCUUCACUGGGGACUCCGAAGGGAGCGCCUCAUUGGUCCAGGUGCUCCUGUGGGUUAGGCAGGUAAAACCGACAGGGACUGUUUCCCCUCAUCGCUCUACAGCGAUCCCUGCUGGCCAGGCGCCUGAUGUGCUCAGGGCAGACACCUGCAGGGCUGGCCUUUAUCCUCCAGAGUUCAAUAGCUCACAGACAUAUGCUGUCGCAUUCUUGGGUGAAAAAGGAAGCUGGCUUGUUUGUUCGAUCAGAGGAAGCCCGCUGAAUCUUCGGGUCUCCUUAGCUAUGUGGGGUAUUGCUGGAGUGAGGAGAAAAGUGUUUGGGCAUUCCGAAUUUGUAGAAAAUUGGGGGGAGGGGGGGAAUUAUAAUUGGACACUAAAUUAAAAAAAAAAGAUACAUUGUAAAUUCAAUGACAAAUUUUUGUCAUUGUGUUUAUGAAGUUUCUUAGCACAGUUUUGAUAGAUCCUCUUAUCAUUGUCUAGUUGGUCUUUUCAUUUCCAGUAAUUUGUCUUUAAGAUUAGCAAGAGAUACGACAGCUGGUGUUCUGUCAUUGUAGAAAUCCCAUCCCUAUGACAUGCACAUGGUAAAACCUCUGGGGAUUAAUCUGAGCUGUUCCCAUGUGGGGCUAUAAAGACUACUGUAGUUCAUUCAUGUAGUACUGCGUGUAUGAUCGUUACACUAUUGGCACAAUACAAUAGGAUUCAGCAUUCACAAUCCUUUUGUAUGUGUUUAGCCUGUGACAAAUUGUAUACUUAUUGUUUUCAUCAUAUAUGACGCAAUUUUAUUAUGAAGAAAAUACAUUUUCUUGAAAAGGGAGAGAGGAGUUUUGUAUAGAAAUAAAGGUUUGUGUAUUUAC